AUGGGUUCUGAACGAUUUGAAAAAGCUUUUGCCAAGGGAGAUACCGAUGGAUCCGGAACUAUUGAUCUUGCCGAAGCAAAGGCGCUUGUGAAAGAGCUCGGCUUGGAUUACACUGAUGCUCAAAUCGAAGAGUACUUCAAAAAGUUCGACGCUGACAACUCCGGAGAACUCGACAAGGAAGAAGCCAAGGCUCUCGUCAAAGCCAUUCGACCAGACAUUUUCGAGUAA